GUGUGAGACAUUCGGGUCAUCUUGAUAGCAAACGUAGGCAAGAGCGGGACGUUGCUGGGUUUUUAUCUGGACAAUUUUGCGUGUGUUCAUGUUCGUUUUUCCCGGUCUCGGCUUGUAUCGUAGGCGGCGGGCGGGUAAGUUGGCGAACGCUCCCAAGGGUGGGGUGACGACUAAAGGUCGGGCGGGGGUGCCUGCAUUCAUGAAGAUUGCAGCCAAUCCUCGAAGAACGGCGGCGACGGACUGAGUGUUGUUGCGAAAAGUUUCUUGAGGAGGUGGAAGAGCAAAAAUGCAAAGAGGCUGAUGCGUAUUGAUGCCUACUAUUGCUUUUAUGGUGUGUUAAAUUCAGUUUUGUAAGUUCUUGUCUUGUGCGUAUGUCCCCUCCCCCCCCCCAAGCCUGUUUUCGUUUUGGCCCCCGUGUUUUCCCUGUGGCUUUUGCCCACUGAAGGUUGAUUAGGGAGGCAAAGGCGGGGUUUCGUGUUUUGUGUGGUGCCCCUGCUCUCCAAUGCUGCACACGGUCUUCGUAGGGUAUUCCCUCGAGUUUUAGUACUGUGGGGAUACGAAGGCAGUGGGUCUAUACCAUAAGGUUCUCUUGCUCGACGGCUUGUCGCCAUCCCCUCUUGCUCUUUUUUUCUCGCGUCGCGUUGCGCUGUGGCCACAUGUCGCGAUUGCCGUCCCCGUGUUGUUGGUGCGAUCCGGCGUUGUUGUGCUGCUUCCCAGUUUUAUUUUAUAAAAUUAGUAUUCUGUGGGCGUGGCGUUCGUUUUCAUUACCUUGCUUGUCGGUGGAUUUUAGGUUGUUUUUCGUUGGACGGGGUCUAUUUCGUUAUUGGUUCCGUCGAAAGCAUUCAUUUCGCUUGGAAAUGCGGGGUUGAAAACUUCCGAGACUAACAAAAGGCGGCGACACGAGCCAAAGCCCGUUCACGAGGGCACGGUCAAACUUUCUUCCCUUGGGCUUCU